UGUAGGUGUGUGUGUGUGUGUGUGAAGAGGAGACGUGUUUCAGACCAGGAAUAACUGAGACGAAGCUACGAACCUCUGGGACCAUAAAACAGGACAGAUGUCGUUCGUCAGAGACAAACUCUACAAUGGAUACGUGCGACGGAAUAUGGCGACCAUUGCUAAAAACGUGGAUGUUUCAGAAAUAAUGAUGCAUCUGCCCUGCCUCACUAUCCACGACCGGGAAAAUAUAGAGGCAAGAACAAAUAACCAUGGGAAAUCAGAGGGCAUGGUGCGUCUUCUGGAAUGUCUAAGGAAAAGAGAAAACUGGCCGGAGCAGCUGAUCGAAGCUCUCGAAGCUUGUGAGCAUCCGACGAUCGCAGAUGAAAUCAGAGAAAACUACAACUCUCUGAGAGGCAUCAGCAAAUCAGACCGAAGCCCUCCUCCAGUUUCAGUCUCCAGCGUCCAUCCAACACCUGCCAGUCGUGAAUCCAUUCCCGUGACCGUGGCUGCAGAGCCAGCUACCAAGAGCCCCCCAAACCAAAUCCUCAAACCUGCUCCUCCAACCGAGCCCCUCCCUGAACCUCCACAACCAGCUCAGGUAGAAGCUCCACCUCGUCCAUCAACACCUCCUCCCUCCCCCGAGACCCAAUACUCCGAGGCGACCGCAGCCCCUCUGCCGUACCUAGAGGUUAACUCUCACCUGGAGCCGGAGGAAAGCUCUGAGUCGGACAUCCAGGAUGAUACGGGUGCGACCACCGAUCGACCACAGCUCAGUCCUGAACACUGUGAACCAGGCGCUCGGGCCUGGUCAGAAGACAGGCCACCGCAAAGUCCUUCUUUGCUGAACUCGAACAGGACCGGUGAAUCCUCGUUCCUCACCCCAGAGAAGCCUCCGGUCCAGGACACAGCGCCUCCUGUCUGCAGAAUUCCUACUCCCAUCCUGCAGCCUGAAGAGACGUCUGAACCUCCUGCUACACAGACUGUUGAAAGACGCCCAGAGACAGAAACCGGAGCGACAGUCUUCCCAGCGCCUGGUGAUCAUGAUGACGAUGAUGACGAUGAUGAAGAUGAUGUGUGUCUGAGCAAACCUGGGCAUCUCGUCAGUAUACAACCACAGAGUGAAGCCACUGCCGCCACCUUCACUGCAUCCACUUUACCUCAGGCGCCGUACUCGGGUGACAGCGGGCGUCUGGAAAUGAGCGAAGGCGUCUCUGCAUCGUCGGCGGCGAAGUCGGUCUCAGCUCUGCAGCCGUGCCAGGAGAACGGCUGCAGAGCUCCCGAGUACAACGAACCCGAGGAGAACCACUACGAGUCCCCGCGCGAGAGCCUCGACUCCCAGGAGGUGCUGGUGAACGUCGGGCGAGUAACCGAAGAGCCGUCCAUCCUCAACCAGGACGGGCAAAGCUCCGCACCUCCGCAACCUUCACCCAAUAAAGCUGCUGUAUCCAGUUUGAACCCCUCCUGCAGUGAGACCUGCCCCCCCUCUGGGACUAAAGGUUCCUCAUCGGCCCUGUCGGCCAACGGGAAAUACAUCCUGACUGCUUUAGGAGUGGGUGCCUGUGCUAUGUUGGUGGUGUGGAGUUCAGUUCUUUGGAUAAAAAUGGCAUCUGGCAUCUUUGUUGACAGUAAAGAUCAGGUUUCAUCAUCGCACAUCUUAGGUACUUUCACACCUGUGAUGUCGCUGGCCGGUGACAAACUGUGCAACGGAUACUUACGGCGGAAGAUGCCGACUAUCGUCAGCAAGGUGAAAGUGAGAGACCUGAUUAUUCACCUGAGCUGCCUGACUGCUGACGACAGGGAAAGUAUCGAAGCGAAAAGAGAGGUGUGUGGGAACUAUGACGGCAUGGUGCUUCUCCUGGACUGUCUGAAGAAAACAGAAAACUGGCCGGAGCAGUUCAUCAAGGCUCUGGAAGCCUGUGGACAGACGACAAUCGCAGCGGAAGUCAGAGCGGAAUACAACGCCGUGAAAGGCACCGACGAUUCAGACCCCAGCUCCCCUCCAACCACCGUCGUCAGGGCACAUGUCCACCCUGCUCCGUCUGCCAGCCCCGUGUCCCUUCCAGAGAGCGGCGGUAACACUCAGGCGAUACCUGCUCUGGAAAUCACCGCACAGCCACAACCCCCCCAGAGCACAGAGGUCCCCGAAUCUGUUUCCUCAUCCGAGCUUCCACAUUCGACUCUGAUGGAAGUGCCCCCUCUGCCAUCAACGCCUCCCCCGUCCCCCGACACCCCGCACAUCGAGGUGACCCUAGCGCCGCUGUCACAGAAAGAGAUUAAUUCUCGCUUGGCGCCAGAGGGAAACUUGGAAUCAGGGCAACAACCAGAUCCCAAAGAGGACAGACCACCAGAGAGUCCAGCAUCUCCAGCUCAGAUCAAGUCAGACGUAACAGACGGACCUUCAGUCAUCGCGCCCUCCACUAAGAAGCCUUCAGUCCAGGACGCCGCCCCUCUCGUUGGGUCUGUCCUGCAGCCUGACAACACUUCUGAACCUCCUGCUGCACCGGUUGUUGAGAGCCGACCACAGACAGGAGCCGAGCCGGGUCCUGUCAGUGUAGAACCACAGAGUCGUACCAGUCCUACCGUCCCUGCACCCAGCUCCCCGGUGGAUUCAUCCUCGGGACACAGCGACACAAGCCGAGCUGCUCCCGCGAGCUCUGCUGGGAAGACAGUCACUGCAGUGUCAUGCCAGGAGAACGGCUUUGCCCCCAACCACAACAAACCAGAGGGAAACCAUUACGAGCCACGCGAGAAGCUGGAAACCCAGGAGCCAUCUGUCCCUAAACUGGACGUCCGAACCUCGACACCACCAGCUCAAACAGUGAACGGCGAAGUAGCCAAAGAAGCCGCCUCUGCACCACCUCCACGUGGCGGCGCCGCCGCUGCAACGAGUUUAAACGCUCCAAACACUGAGCCCGAGACGAAGACACUGCUGCAGGAUUCAGAGGAGACGACGCUGCUUCAGAGCCCUCUCAACCUGUUGGCUAACAGGAAGUACAUCAUGACGGCGGUAGGAGUGGGCGCCUGUGCCAUGCUGAUGGCGUGGAAGAUGAAGAACUGAGGGAGUUUAAAUACCUUUAAAGGAGGAGACGAGGAAGCUCUCAGGCUUUUGAGAAAGAGGUAUGGUGCCUUAUUGUAGUGACUGCCCUGGGGAAGGAGAGGCAGCGGCUUAAUGAUUACCCAUAAUACUUACAAUAGCUCACUUGCGGGACCUUUGAUCAUGUCAUUAAUUAUGACAGUGCUUUUUACUUUUGAAUUAAGUUGAACAUAGAGAGUAAAAAAACUUCAUGGGACUGGGUUAUAAUCUCAGGUUAUUUAUGCAUUUGCUCUGGUUUCUAAAGGCAAACUGAGGCUGGAUUUUAAUGAUCGCUAUGUUCUCUCUUCACUGAUGAGAGCGAUAAGACUGUCGGCUGUAAAUGAAGGCUGUUGCACUGCAUGUAUUUAUUUGUACAUAUUUAUAUAUAGACACACAUUAUAUAGGUAUUGAAUUACAUAUUUUAAGAGAGACUGAUGUUUCAAACAUUCCAAACCAUCCAGACAUUCAGCAGUCAAAUAAUUCUAGUUUUAUUAAAUAUAAAUGUAGUUGUUAUCAGUAAAAAUACUAGAGUACUGUAAAGAAAAAAUUAUAUAUAUAUUUAAUGCACAUAAGUGCUAAUAACUGUUUUGAUUUCCCUUUCCUUUAAAUAGAGACUAGUUUGUUCUAUGAGGUUAGAGAUCAUAUGGUAAAUAGCCAGUAAUGCAUAGAAAACUGUUGGUUUAGAAGGUUUUGCACAUUUUAAAACAAUAUUUGAGCUGCUUACAUUGUAAUGAAAUGUACUUUUAACUUUUAUUUGAAAUUCUAUGCACUGUUUUUAGCUAUGCACUCCAGCAUGCACAUCAAUAAACCUGAAAGUUUUUUUUUUUUAAUAUUUACUUAUUGAGUCAAAUUAAAAUAAAUGAUUAAUUGCA